CCAGGCCAGAAGCGACGGGCGCCUAGGGGCGCGACUGCGGGUGUGCCUGGCAGCCACCGUGACUUCCCCGCAAAGACUCUCUGCUCUUCCACUGCUCUCCGUCGUCGUCGCUGCUCUCGUCGUCGUCGCUGUCCUCGCCGCCGUCGCCAUCGCUGCCCCCUACGCCCGCCCCCGCAGCGCCCCCGCUCGUUCUGUAUUUCUAUCGCUCACUGGGCUUCCAGGAUGCCCUUCCCAUUGACCGUCUGCCAGCGGCACCCCCGCUACGCCGUCUUCUUGGUCGUCCUCCUCUUUGGCUCCUUCCUCCUCCUCUCACCAAGCGACACAUUCUCGCCGAACCGCUACCGGUAUGCGCGCACAGCUACGCUCGACCAUACCCUACCCGCACGCAUGGAACGCGCCGAGGAGAUGUACGGACGCACCCUCGACCGUAGGCAGUCCAUGAUAAAGAAAUUUGGCCCCAACCCGAGCCAGGUCGUCAUGUUUCCGCCAGAUAGAUCGCCAUGGCCAGCUUACACUGUCUGGGACUUUUUUCCGCCUGUCUUCAACUGCCCGCACGAGUCUGAGCGGAUAGGCGCGCUUGGUGAUGGAGGAAAGUGGGUAUGUGGGCUCUCGCGCAUCGCAGAGAAGCAAGACUGUGUAAUCUAUUCAUUCGGCCUCGACUGGGACUCGACAUUCGAAGGCGAGCUCCUGCAGCGGACGUCGCACUGCAAGGUGUACGGCUACGACUUCACAGCGCGGGGCUUCGGGCACGGCGUGCCGCGCGCGCUGAAGGGUCGGACGCACUUCGCGCGACUCGGGCUCGGCUCGGUGGACUCGCACGGGCCCGCGGACGAGCCGAAGAUGUGGACGCUCCGGAGCCUCAUGGCCGCGAACGGGCACGACCACAUCGACGUGCUCCACAUCGACAUCGAGGGCUGGGAGUUCGAGGUCCUCCGCGCGAUGGUCGUCGACUUCGCCGGCCUCGGGUCGGUCGUGCCCGGCGUGGGCGCCGCGGCGGGCGAGCCGGAGAGCGCACCGGAGCGGGGCGCGCUGCCGUUCGGGCAGCUGCUGAUCGAGUUCCACGUGUGGCACCAAAAGUUCGAGGAGUUCCUGGCUUUCUGGGAGAUGCUGGAGGGCGUCGGGCUCAGGCCGUUCAUGUCGGAGGUGAACCUCGUCUAUGCGAACUAUAACCGCCAGAGCGGCGUCGAGCUCGCACAAUACUCGUUCUUGAAUAUCCGCGGCGACAACGUCUUCAUCUCAGACACGUCGUCCGCACCCGCCGCCGCAGCGGAUCCCGCGCUCGACGCGGACCUCGAGCCUGGCGAGCCGGAUGUGCGCACAAUACGCCAUGCGGCGGUCGCGGCGGGCGCGCUCGACGUGCGGAGACGGUGAGCGGACGGCCGUCCCCGCGCCGGUGGUGUCUCAUGGACCGAGGCCCUACAUCUUGUAUAACCUGUAUAACCUGAAAAUCUGCAUAGGCUGUGAGCGUGUCGGCGCCGAGAGUCGCGCUCGCCCCCUUGGUCACGCAAUAUACUCAACUAGCUUCCCGUGCAUCUCGUCCACACACACACCCAUCACUCUGCGUACGGAUAUGCGUUAUGCGGAGAUAUUGCAGGUACUUCACCCCGAUGUUGUUGUACGCGCGCGCCAAGUUGCCAGUGCUUGUAGGGUAUGUAAAUUAUGAACCGAGCGCGGACUUCAUUCUGCCAGUGUAGCGACGGGUCCAUCUGCUUUUGCACUCUCGAACGGCAAGUCCGCGAGAGAUGCCGUAAACGAUUGGUAGUGAUCAUCUGAAUUGAGACUGUUGGG